CUCCUCGUGCCUCCUGCGCCUCCCAGUGGACGGGAAAAGAAAAAGAAAAAAAGUGGAGAAAAAAAAAUUCGCAAGGAAAAAACCCGACAACAACAAACGUACAAUAUCGGACAAUUGCUAAGAAGCGGAAGCGUGCGUCCCAAGACGGAGGAUUCGGGCCUGGAAGCGGAAGCGGACACGGGAAAAGACCCGGUGGAAAUUCUCCCCCCGAGGCGGUGCCGGGAGAGCGAGCAGACGUCCCGCGGGAGCCACCAGCUGCCCCCAACGACAUGGAAUACGACGAAGGUGUGCAUCCACACCUGAGGCUCAACUGCACACCCCCGGCGAUGGACGAUUUUCCAAAAGACUGGUUCACCGAACAAGAAAGGUCCGAAGGGGCGGUUGUACUUCACGUCCUCGCCUCACUAUACUUAUUCCUAGCGUUAGCGUUAGUUUGUGAUAAAUAUUUCGUUCCGGCCGUCGAACGAAUAUGUAAAGCGCUGAACAUGUCCAACGAUGUGGCCGGGGCGACUUUCAUGGCGGCCGCCACAUCGGCCCCGGAGCUCUUCGUCAACGUGAUUGGGACGUUCAUCACUGAGGGAGAUAUCGGGAUCGGCACCAUAGUCGGCUCGGCGGUCUUUAACAUACUCGCCGUUGCUGCAUGCUGCGGCCUCGGAGCAGGAAUGGUGAUCCCGCUCCACUGGUGGCCACUGACGAGAGACUGCCUUGCGUACGGUGUCACGGUGACCAUACUCAUCUGUAUAAUACACGACGAACGGGUCGAGUGGUACGAGGCGCUCGUCCUCGUCCUCCUCUACAUUGUCUAUAUAGCCAUUAUGUACUGGGACAAGAAGAUUCAGAGCUGCACGACCGGGAGCACCGGCUCGGAGACGAGUGAACAGCCGCAGUCUGACGCUGUCGGGGCUGUCGAAGGAGGAGAGAUGAACAUAGGCGACUUACCGCAGCAAAACGGCAACGUCAAGACUAACCGGCCGCCGCCAGAACCUCAAGAAACUGGACUUUGGGCAGUUGUGAGUUUCCCGUACAAAAAGGGGAUAGUGAGGAAGCUCGCGUGGCUGCUGGUCCUUCCGAUCCACACCGUCUUCCUCGUCACGAUCCCGGACUGCGAGAGGCCGAGGUUCAAGAAAUGGUUCCCGCUUACUUUCCUCAUGUGCAUCAUUUGGAUCGGCUCCCUGUCCUACCUCGUCGCCUGGAUGAUUACCAUCGUGGGCGACACCUUGAGGAUACCGGACUCAGUCAUGGGGAUCACCUUCUUGGCGGCAGGGACAAGUGUACCCGAGGCCGUGUCGAGUGUUAUCGUCGCCAAACAGGGCCACGGGUCCAUGGGCAUCUCCAACUCCCUUGGGUCGAACACAUUCGACAUCCUACUCUGCCUUGGUCUACCAUGGCUCAUCAAGGCGUCGUUCCUGCCGACCAGCGCCGGUCACCACUUCGUCGGGAUCAACUCUCGCGGCUUGGAGUACUCGGCCAUUUCACUUCUUUCGACCCUGCUCAUGCUCUACACCGCGUUCGCCGCCAACAAAUUCAAGCUCGAUAACAAGGUCGGACACACAUGCCUGAUAAUGUACCUAAUGUUCCUCAUCCUGGCCACACUCAUCGAGCUCAACGUUUUUUUCACCGUCAACUUGCCAACAUGCGGACGGUGAGAGAGGAAGAAAAAGGGAACAGAAAACAAAACAACAACAUAAAAAGAGAGCCAAAUGCACAGAGUUUUUGAAAAUUCAAGUUCAUCUCAGGAAGACUUCUCGAACAACGUUUCGAUCAAAGCAUCAAAACAAAAAUAACCAAAUAAUGAAAUCAAAAACCAAAAAAAAAAUACAUUAAAAAAUAACAAAUAUAUAUACAAAUAUAUAUUUAAAAAAAAGAAAUUUUUGACACCAAAAAAUUAUAUAAAUUUAAUUUACUUUUAUUGUAUCAAUGUAAAUAAGCUUAGCAAGUUUUUAGAUAUUGUAAUUUUCAAAAAAAAAAAAUUGUUUUACUGUAUAUAAUAAUAAUCAAAUUCUAAAAAAAAAUCACAAUGUUUUUUUAUAUUAAGUAUUAUUUAAAUACUUGUUAGUUUGUUGUUUUAUCCCUGUGCUGAAGAAAAAAGAGAGAGUGAGUGAGCGAGUGAGUGAAAAACUGUAAAUAUUAUCUAAAUUUCCCG